GAUAGAUAGAUAGAUAGAUAGAUAGAUAGAUAGAUAGAUAUAAACCCCACUUGCCUAGUUUCCAACAGACCUCACAACUUCUGAGGAUGCUUGCCAUAGAUGUGGGCAAAACGUCAGGAGAGAAUGCUUCCGGAACAUGGCCAUGCAGCCUGGAAAACUUACAGCAAUCCAGUGAUUCCAGCCAUGAAAGCCUUCGACAACACAUUUUAGGGAGGAUUUUUUUUUUAAAAAAAGAGCCCUUCUCGUGUUUCUUAUAAGCACGUAAUCCAUCAUGUGAAGGAACAGCCAGGAUGGAGGAAGGAUGAUGAAAUGGAACAAUGUGUGGAUGGCUCAGCGGGAGAGGAAAGGAGGGAAGGAUGUGACGGAUUUCAGUGUCUUUGGCUUUGGGAAGGUCGCUCAUCAUAUUGAGCACAGUUCUGAGAAAUGUGGGGUUGAGAAUCGAGGAUGGAAGGAGGUCGAAAGAAAGAUUGGGAGAGAGAGGAGUGAGGAAAAACCUUCGGCACAUUUUCUUUUUUUUCGGUGAGGCCUGUGAAAAAUCAAAACCACUUUUCUGGCGCCGGGACCGGUCGGAGGCUGGGUUUGGUCACUGUUAUUAAUAAACGUCGUUGGAAUGCGUGAGUCUGUCAAUGUUUACACAGUUUCCUGGCCGAAGACUCUUUCAGGACAAAAGGAAGACGGCCCAGAAAGAGCAAAACAAAGCCAUGGACCCGCUGUUUUGCUUCUUUGCCACGCUGCUCUUUGUGGGCAUCCAGGGCUGCCCAGAGGUUUGCCGAUGCAAGGCUCUGAAGAAGUACGGCCGCCACAUCGCCGACUGCUCUUACAAAGACCUCGAGGCCGUUCCUCUGGGCCUGCCCUCCAACGCGACCACGCUCACCUUGUCCGUCAACCGCAUUCCCUCCUUGGGCGAAGACGCCUUUGCGGACGUGCCCAACUUGCAGGCUCUUUGGCUGUCCUACAACGAGAUCGCUGUCAUUUCUAGAGGCACCUUCGCCUUCUUGAUACACCUGCGGGCCAUCGAUCUCAGACACAACCAGAUCGUGGACUUCCCUUGGGGAGACCUCUCCAACCUCACAGCUUUGCAGCAACUGAAGCUGAGCAGCAACCGCUUGGAGAAGGUCCCUUGGAAUGCCUUCCAGAACUUGAAGGACUUGCGGUCCCUUUGGCUUGACAACAACCAUCUCGUGGUCCUCUUUGAAGGCACCUUCGACUCCAUGCCUUGGUUGUCCCAGUUGCAGAUCCACCACAACCCAUUGAAUUGUUCCUGUAAAAGCUGGUGGUUGAAGAAAUGGUUGGAGAACACUUCUGUCUCCAUCUCGGAGAAGGAGUCCAUUACUUGUGGCACUCCUGAACAUCUCAAAGGCUUCAUUCUUGGGAGAAGCUUGAAAUUGGACUGUAUGAUGCCUUCGGUCCAAUUGAUUUACCAUUCUAGUUUAGGCAACAGUGUGUUACAUGAUGGACUCACCCUCUUCUUGCAUUGCAGCGCUGUGGGCAAACCACCACCGGAGAUCCGGUGGACCAUCCAGACAUCUUCUCAAACUCUGGCCAUCAAUGGACCCAAUGUAGAAGCAGACGGAAGAGGUGUGAAGAAGAGCGGGCGCUUCUUGGUCUUCAAGAAUGGCUCCAUGGUCAUUGCCAACUUCAACAAGGCGGAUGAAGGCCUCUACACCUGCCAGGCAUUGAAUGACGUUGGGUCUCGGGAGGUGUCCGUCAACGUCGCCUUGGCCAGUUCUGAGAGUCCGGACGAUCGGCUCCAGAAUGACAUCCAAGCCAGCAAGCCCAAAGCCAACUCUUGCGACAAAGAACACCCCAGGCCUGAAGGAAAGGUGGUGUUCAUCUACCUGAACCCAAGAGCACCCAAGGCCAGCAGCAAUAGAGGGACUCUAUGGGACCCAUGGCUGUGGGUCAGCUCAUUCCUAGUUUCUUUGCUUUACUUUUUGUAGCUAUACUCAGUAUUCAUUAUACAAUAGAAACUUACUAUGCUAGGCAUGGGCCAACUUGGGCCCUCCAGGUGUUUUGGACUUCAACUCCCACAAUUCCUAACAGCCGGUAGGCUGUUAGGAAUUGUGGGAGUUGAAGUCCAAAACACCUGGAGGGCCCAAGUUGGCCCAUGCCUGAAACCACUACUGGUCAACACAGAAUAUAGUACAUAAUAUGCACAAAACCGCAUUAUAUUCAAUAUGUUUAACGCACAUUACAGGAAACAUAUCUCAGGCUGGAUCUUCACUGCAGAAUGAAUGCGGUUUGAUACCACUUUAACUGCCGUGGCUGAAUACUACGGAAUGCUGGGAGUUGUAGUUUGGUAAGGAAACAACAGAGAAGACCAAAGAACUUGUAAAACUGCAACUCCGAGGAUUGCAUAGCUUUGAGCCGCGGCAGUUAAAGUAGUGUCGAACCAACAUAAUUAAUCACCAUGUAGAUGUAUUUUCAGUCUAACACUUAAAGGUAUAUAUCUGGAUCAGAGGAAUUUGAUAGAUGGCUGUCACUUAAUGACUUCAAGGAAAGAAGGCACAAUAUGGGAGUUAUAUCAUACACAAAUUGUCUUUUGAGUGUUGUGAUAUACGAACCUAGGAACGGUGCUAAUUCUUUUAGCCAUGCAACCAAAAUCUUGUUUUCCCUAUUGCAACAAUACAUGUUUGUUUAUUGAAACUAAAUGAAAUGGAUUUGUUUUUCAACCCAAAUAUAUUUUUCUGGCAUACUUAUGUCAUUUAAUGACUUCAAGGAAAGAAAGCGCAAUAUGGGAUUUAUAUCUUACAUAGAUUGUCUUUGAGUGUUGUGAUAUACGAACCUGAGAGUGAUGCUAAUUCUUUUAGCCAUGUAACCAAAAUCUUUGUUUUUCUAUUGCAAUAAUACAUGUUUGGUUAUUGAAACUAAAAGAAA